ACAGCCAGUAGUAGUACAACGAAAACAGUCAGAAUUGUACUAUACUUUAUUGACCGAGAAUCUUUUCGGAAGAAGAAUCACAAAAAGAAGCAUACAACAGCGUACUCAAAAACGCACUAUAAAAUCUGAAUUGACAGAGCUGAGCAAAGAGUCAAAGAAAGAAAGAGAGAAACAACUGAAGAUGGAAGCAGCAGUAGCUAAACCAAUGAUCAAAGUUGCAGCACUUUGUGGUUCUCUUCGCAAAGCUUCCUAUCAUCGCGGUCUCAUUAAUUCUGCUAUUCAGAUAUGCAACGAAUCAAUACCUGGAAUGAAAAUCGAAUUCAUAAAUAUAGAGCAUCUUCCUUUUAUGAACGAAGAUCUCGAGGUGAAUGGUACUUAUCCACCUGUCGUUGAAGCUUUUCGUCAGAAAAUACUUGAAGCUGACAGCGUUUUGUUUGCAUCUCCUGAGUACAAUUACUCCGUCACUGCCCCUAUGAAGAAUGCGAUUGACUGGGCAUCUAGACCUCAAAAUGUCUGGGCUGAUAAACCCGCUGCUACAAUAAGCACAGGUGGUAAUGCUGGUGGGUCACGGUCACAAUACCAUUUGCGCCAAAUUGGCGUCUACAUCGAUCUCCACUUUAUUAACAACCCAGAAUUUUCCUUAAAUGCGUACCAAAAGCCGAUAAAAUUUGAUGAAGAUGGCAACUUAGUUGACCUUGAGUCCAAGGAAAAGCUAAAAGAGGUUUUUUUGUCACUCAAGAAAUUCACUCAUCGACUCCAAGAUGGUAAGUAGCGCUUUAUGAAGCCAUAGAACUUGAAAUUUACACAAAUCUGUUAUGCAAUUCCACUACGAAGUCAAUGUUAUUGGUAUGCAAUUUUCUCAUUGGAGUGUGUUUGCUGUUUGUUCUCACCUUGUGAUCACAUAAUAUGGUAAUGAGUUUCUUGUUUGGGUCAGUCUUGUUGGGCUACUGAUAUUUUAAGAUCAUUGUUCUUCUAGUUUUGUUUUUGUUCUUCAUAUAAUUCAAGAAUUACAGUUGUAUUGAGUAGCAGACGGUUCUGCUCAUUUGUCUAUUUACGAAUAAUUUGAAGAAAA